AUGGAUAGUUUUACAUCAGAGACUGAAGCAGAUUUAGUAGCAUCAAGCGGAUCAGCUUCGGAAGAGGAUGUUAAACAAACAUCAAGUUAUAAAAGUAAUUCCACCUUAAAAGGUUGGUUUCAAGGUCAUUCAUUUGUGAAAAAGAAUCUACAUAAACCUGCUACAUGUCAUCAUUGUUCAGAUCUUUUAUGGGGAAUAUUAGGAACAACUGGAAUGGUUUGUGAAGUUUGUAAUUUUCUAGCCCAUGAAAAGUGUAUGCGUGCAGUUGUUACAGCUUGUACUUGUAUUGCACCAUUUUUAACCAAGGAUCCUGUGCCUCAUUGUUGGUCAGAAAUUGGUCAUUUUAAAAGGAAAUUUUGUAAUGUUUGCCGUAAACGUGUUGAUGAUUUAUUGGCAUUAAAAUGUGAAAUUUGUGAAUAUUAUUCACAUUAUGAAUGUUUGGAUUUUGUAGCAGCAGAUUGUAAACAAUGUGCCACUUCUACAUUGACUUCAAUGACCAAGUCUCCAACAUGCAUACCUGAUACAGUUGAAACAAGAAACUCCUAUAUGAUGUCACGUUUACUGAAGAAUUUUUCGAAAUCGUACUCAUCAAAUGACCCUAAUGAUUCACUGCUCAUUGAUUUGACUGAUAAUGAAUUAACUAAUAAAUGUAUCAAUAAUAUUAACACUACUACUACUACUACUAAUACUACUGCUACUUCAGCUGUCAGUAAUACAAUUCCCAGUACUAUGUUUACUACUAGUAGUACUAAUACGUCAGUAACAUUGAUUUCUCAUUCUUCUUCAAUGAAUACGCCUAAAACAUCAACACAAUGCACUCCAGAAAUCGGUGAAUUAGCAUUAUUAGAAGCUGUGAAAACAUUAUCAUCAUCAUUGUCAGCAUCUCCUCAAACAACUUUAGGAACUAGUGAAGAACAAGUAUUGUGUACAACAAAAUCAGCAACAGAUGCUUCCAUACCUCCUGUCAAAUCUUCAUUAAUAUCUUCACAUGUACAACAAUCACAUCACUGGCGUGAAGGCAAUUUACCAGUAAACUCAAAAUGUGCGUCAUGUCGUAAAACAUGUUGGUCUGCUGAAUGUUUAACUGGUUUACGAUGUGAAUGGUGUGGUGUUACAGCGCAUUAUUCAUGCUAUAGAAAUAUACCGCUAGAAUGUGAUUUCGGUGUACUGAGAAAUAUCAUGCUUCCACCAUAUUGUGUAUCAGUGCCUCGUACAAGUUUAUUGGUUGAACAAAUUAUUGGUAUGUGUAGACCUCAACCAGAAACACUAAUGGGAGUUCAAGCUCUCACAGAUGAAUUCUCAAGCAAUGGUGAUAGUCCAGAAGAAUCUGGAAUUGAAAGGAAAUCUACCAAGGAUAAAACAGACCGAGACUUUGAUGAUUAUGUACGAGUCUAUGAUGGCUGGGGUCGCUUUCGUAAGAAACAGUGCCGAUACCUCAGUCUUGGUCGUAGUGUAUCUGUGCUCAAAGUGAUUGAACUUUCCUUGAAAGCCUUUCAGUUACCUCCGGAUGAAGCAAGAGAUUACUAUCUCGUAGAGGUGAAUGAAAAAGAUGGAAGUGAGCACAGAUUGCAUAGCUCUGGAUGUUUUAAAUCUCAACUACAGUUUGAAACUCGAAGGCCACAGAUUAUAAUACGUUCUCGUGAUCGUAAUCAAGAUCGUGAAUAUAUUCAAACAUUUCCUGGAACAUUAGAUCAAUUCACAGAUGUUGAGUUGUUACCAAUACAAAUCUCAGUGACACGUGAUACCACAGUUCAUGAUGUUAUUUUACAAGCACAGAAACGAUUUGGACUCGAGCAUUUAGAUUCUGGUAGAUUUCAACUAGUUGAAACAAAUCUUGAUCGUGGACUUGUUGAACGUGUAAUGUCAUCAGGUGAACGAUUGUGGACAAUAUUAGAACGUGUUAAACGUGAAUCUGUUCGUGCAUUACGUUUAACACGUUUUUAUUUACAACCAAUUGAAGAAUCUAAAGGUCCUGUUGUUACAUUAUUUGUUGGAAAUUUAAAAAAAGGUUUAAGUCAACGUUUAUACGAACGUAUUCUACUUGAACGACUUGGUAUAGAGAAUAAAUGGGAUUUUAUUGAAGUGAUAUAUUAUGAUUUUGGCAGUUUAGUAUUAGUUUAUUUAAAUGCAGAACGUGCUGAUGAAGCAUAUCAUUUAUUAAAACAAAGUACAUUUGAAGAUCGUCCAAUUUUAGUUAUGAUAUUGCCUAGACUUAAACCAAGUAAAUUACCAGAUGAUAUUAAACCAUUAUUAGUAUUAGUCAAUGUUAAAUCAGGUGGAUGUCAAGGUGCCGAUUUAAUCACUUCAUUUCGAAAACUGUUAAAUCCUCAUCAAGUUUUCAAUUUGGACUAUGGUGGUCCCCUACCAGGUUUACAUUGUUUUCGUCAUUUAAAACAAUUUAAAAUACUUGUAUGUGGUGGUGAUGGUACAGUUGGAUGGGCGCUUUCAUGUUUAGAUAACGUUGGUCAAGAUGCUGCAUGUCCUACACCACCAAUGGCAAUUCUACCACUGGGUACUGGUAAUGACUUGGCACGAGUUUUACGUUGGGGUUCCGGUUAUACUGGUGGUGAAGAACCUUUAACAAUACUGAAAGAUGUUGUUGAAGCAGAAAAUAUUCGCUUAGAUCGUUGGACUGUUGUAAUUAAACCAGAUCAAGCUGAAAAAGAUGCACAAAAGAAACAAUUACAAAUUGAAGCUAAUUCAUCAAAUACAAAUGAAGAUUCUAGUCGUAUAUUUGUCAUGAAUAAUUAUUUCGGUUUAGGUAUAGAUGCUGAUUUAAAUUUAGAUUUUCAUAUGGCACGUGAAGAGAAUCCAGCAAAAUUUAAUAGCAGAAUUCAUAAUAAAAGUGUUUACUUAAAAAUGGGUUUACGUAAAAUGGUUAAUCGUACAAAAUGUAAAGAUUUACAUCAAAAUAUUAUCGUUGAAGUAGAUGGUCGUCAAUUGGAUUUACCACCAUUAGAAGGUGUAAUUAUUUUAAAUAUUUUAUCAUGGGGUGCUGGUGCAAAUCCAUGGGGUGUUGAAAAAGAUGAUGCAUUUACAACUCCAACACAUUUUGAUGGUCAACUUGAAAUUGUUGGUGUUACUGGUGUGGUACAUAUGGGACAAAUAUUUUCUGGUUUACGGACAGGUAUCCGUUUAGCACAAGGUGGUCAUAUAAGAAUUACAGUGAAAUGUGAUAUUCCAGUACAAGUUGAUGGUGAACCAUGGAUUCAACCACCUGGUCAAAUUAUAGUUUUACGUUCAGCCUUAAAAGCAACUAUGUUGAAAAAACGCAAACGACGUAAAGUGAAUCGUCGUCAUACUGAACCUGGCUUAGGUGGAUCUGGCAGUUCGAAUACAACUAGCUCAAAUGUUAUACAUGGUAGUACAGAAGAUCCAUUAAGUAGUGCUGUAUUUGGUGCUAGUGGACCUCCUCCACCUGAAAGUGUAAAUUCUCUCGAUUGUGGAAAUACUACUACUAUUAAACAACUUGAAUUAGAUAUUGCAAAAGUUGAAUUAGAAGAAGGAAAUUUAAAUGAUGCUUUCUGUUCAAAUGAUACAAUCAAAACAGAUGAUUCAUAUCCUAGACUGUAUAGACCAGGACGACCAGUAUAUGCUAAAAGAAGAGGACGUCGUCUACCAAAACCUGUAUUAGUUGCAGUACCAUCAGCUCCAUCAGAAACUUGUAGAUCACCGAGAGAGAUACUUGAUAAUGAUGAGUUCGAUGAAACAUCGGCCUUAUGUCUUUCUAAAUCAACACGAUUGAAACAACAUGUACCAACUAAUAUGCAUUCAACAUCAGAUCAACAAUCUCCUAUCAUACAAAGCAUAAAAAACUCUACACCUUCAGCUUCAAUGAGUCAAUUAAGUUCAACAACUAUUGAUUUCCCCUUCAAAUACAACCACAUUCCAUCCGUACUAGUACAUAAUGAUGGGAUAAUUUGUACUUGA